AUGUUCAAGACAUCAGUUCCAGUGUUAGAAAAUCUUUUUUCAUGCAGGAGUGAGAAGAAUUUGGCUGAGGUUGUACAUGAAGAUGUCCACUUUGCUUCAAGAAUCGAAAAAAAAUCGGGUGGUAUAGAGUCUAGUUCAAAUAAUAUUUUACCAUGGUCGGUUGAUGUUAGUCAGGAAAACGAGACAAACCCUUGGUUUUAUUAUCCCAUAAACGAGAGUCUGCAAGACGAUCAUACUAGUUUGAAUCAUGCAUACGACAUUUCAAGUACGGAAAACGAGAAGCAUUUCCAGAACUUUCUGGAUCUUUUGGGCCCUGCAAACGCUGCCGAGGCUAAAUUCACGAGUAGUUAUGGUGAAAUUCCACCCGAGCAAAUCGUGGAGAAUGAAAUCGGUUUGAAUGACGAUGAAAGUGAGAUGAUUGAAAUGAGUACUGCCAGCUUAGCUAAGUGGGUCCCAAUCCCAAAUAACGAUGCUGCCAUCGACGCUAUCGGUUUUUCUUCUUCUGUGGGCUCCCGCAAUAGUGGAGAUGAGCAUAUUGAAACUGAAUCUGUGAUUGAGAAAAAAGCAAUCCGUGCAAAGGGAACUAACGGAUCUAAGAGGGGACGAACUGCGGAAAUUCAUAACCUUUGUGAGAAGAGGCGAAGAAGGAGGAUCAAUGAGAAAAUGAAAGCUUUCCUACAACUUGUACCCAAUUGCAGUAAGUCGGAUAAAGCAACCAUGCUCGAUGAAGCCAUCGAAUAUUUGAAGAGCCUCAAACAUCAAGUGCAGAUUUUGAGUGUGGAAACUUCAUUAACGCCCCCAAACGGAAUCCAGCCGACAAAAUUGUGCUCGGCUGGCACCUCAAAAGCAUAUGUGCCGAGUCAAGUGGAAGCUGUAGAUGAAGUUCUGAAGUCCAGUGAGGGUGCAAGUGAAUAUCAGUGAUACAAAGCUACGAAAAGUUGGUGCUGAUGUGUCUUUUGAUCAAGUUUAUAAGUUUCAAGUAAAAGUAAUGUAUUACUAUGGGAUAUAGUUGGGAUUAAAAAAAAAGUUGAGGAGUAAUUAAGGACAAAAGAUGCUUAAUAAGAUGCGUGAGGUAAUUUUCUCUUUAGAAACGGGGCUGCUCUGGGUAUGGCGCUAGUCUAUUACCUUGAUGUUCGUAAUCAAGCAAGACUUAUUUUGGGUCGAGUAGUUUAGGGCGUGAUUGGAUAUGAAUUCAACUA